GACUUCAUGAUCCAAGGCGGCGACUUCACCAAGGGCGACGGCACGGGUGGCAAGUCCAUCUAUGGUGAGAAGUUCGCGGACGAGAACUUCAAGCUGAAGCACAAGCGGCCAGGUCUCCUCUCGAUGGCAAACGCCGGGAAGGACACGAAUGGCAGCCAGUUCUUCAUUACCACCGUGACCACCCCGCACCUGGAUGGUCGGCACGUCGUCUUCGGUACCAUCCUUGAGGGCAUGAAGUUCGUGAGGGAGAUCGAGAAGCAGAACGGCACACCACCUGCGGAGGAGUGCAAGAUCGAGGAUUCUGGGGAGCUAGAGCUGGAGAAGCCUUUCAAGGACACGCUGGGGGUUUAG